CCGGAAACUUCUGGUGUUUUCUGGAAGCAGACGAUACAAACAUUACGUUACGUCAUGGCGCGUAUACCUAUGGAUUUAUCGGGUCCGUGAAUACUCGAGAGCUGUCUGACUAGACUCUACGUGAUGGAGGAAGACACUGAGGCGGACAGAGCCGCCGUCAUACCGUCAACAGAGAAAAAGACAUGUGAGCCUCCACCAUCGCCCAGCCAGGACCAGGACGUGAAGUCGACGGCGGUGAUGAAGUACGCGUCGGUGGAGAGUCCGGUCAGGUUCUCCGUGCUGCAGAAGCUGACGGACCUGAAGCUGCCGCCCGCCAACUGGCUGAGGAGUCAGGAGGGGGUGACGGGCAUCAAGACUAACAUGUCCUGGGGAACAGGCAGUGGGGAGCCCUUCUCCAGUUUGAGCAUGGCCAACACUUUUCUGGAGACAGUUGAUGAAGUUGACGUCAUCACAGAUGCUGAGAACAUCAAGAAGCUGUUGAAGAUCCCGUUCAGUAAAGGCAGUGUUUCCUUGGCGGUACACAGGGUGGGGCGGACCCUGCUGCUGGAUGAGUUUGACAUCUACAGUAGUCUCCUCAGGGCUGAGAGAGAAAACUGGAGAUGGUUGCGAGAUUUCUACUUAGAGCAUGUCCUGGAGAAUGUGAAGGAAAAGGAGAAAAUCUUCUCUAGAAAGAAAAAGACCAGAGAUUAUCUUCAAAACAGAAGUAUGUUCUCCAAGUUCCUGUACAGAAGUAUUGAGGAUGGGAAGGAUGCUGAAUCCCCGCCCAGUUACUCGGAGGUGUGUGGGGAGGAGUCUGAGGAGGAAGGGGCUGUAGGGAACUGUCCUGAUGCAGCUAACGGCAGACUGGCCCCAGGACAGAGUGUUAACAAUGGAGACCUCCUUCCUGAGCCUGAAGACCCGAGCCUCCGGAGUGAGUUCCAGAGAAAUGUCAUCUGGACAUUUGAAGACAUCCGCAUGCUGAUUGGCACAGACAUGCCCAUAUUUGGAGGCGGGACACACCCUGCAGUGAGCCUCAGACUAAGGGACAUGAAGAAGCCAAUCAAUGUGCUGACUGGGCUGGACUACUGGCUGGACAACCUGAUGUGUAACGUGCCUGAACUGGUCAUGUGUUACCACUUGGAGGGGGUGGUCCAGCAAUACGAGCUGAUUAAGACAGAGGAGAUCCCCAACCUGGAUGCUUCGCGGUUCUCCCCCCAGGUCAUUAAGGACAUUGCUCAGAACAUCCUGUCUUUCCUGAAGUCAAACUGCACUAAGGAAGGACACACCUACUGGCUGCUUAAAGGAAAUGGAGAUGAUGUUGUGAAGCUGUAUGACCUGACCACGCUGUGCUCUGAGAACAUGGAGGAUAAAACCUCCAACCCCUUCUCUGUGCCUGUAGCCAUGCUGUUGUACAGAGUUGCCCGUAACAUGCUGAUGGACAGUAACUGUCACAAGGAGGACUUCCCCACUGUCAGGAAACUGUUGAAACAGUGUAUCGAGCUGUUGGAUGAAGACAAACAUCCAGAGAUCGUGACAUCAGCCAACUACCUGUUGUCGGACCUCUUUGUCCCUGACGACCCCACUGAGGAUCCCUGUGUUCCUGCCUCCUCAGACACGGCAGACCAGGAAUUCUGGGAUAGCAGUUGCUACGAUGACAACGAUGAUGAUGAUGUGUCUCAGGACGGGGAUAACCUGGCAGUCGCUGUCAUCAAGUCAGUGGAGGACUUGUAUGAGCGGGAGAAGUACAGGUCAUCUGGGAAUAGGCCUCCACAUAAAGCAAAACAGCCCAUGUCAGUUGAAGAGAGAGCAAGAGCAGCGCUGUCUUACGUGUCCAAGGCACUGAUGCUGAUUGACAGCUAUGCCUCGAAGCUGGCCCCUCCCAAACCAGCUCCCUUCCCCAGCCCUUCUAAAGCCAUCCCACUGCACUAUGCUAAGCUCUUCCAAAACGGAGAUGACAGUGCCUCUAAACAAGAAUCUCCAGAGUGUCGAGAAGAAAGCUCCAGCUUUACAGACCCAGUUGUAAGCGAGGACACACCGUCCCAGCAUGCUCUGACUCCCUGCCGCAAUAUCAGCAAAGACUCCUGGGAAGGCCAGCUGAAGAUCCUUCUGUUGAAAAAGGCGGCGACGGCGUACUUUGCAUUAUCGGACGUUGCCAACACCCUGGGGAGGUAUGGGUGUGCACUGAGGCACCUCAGACUGGCUCUGCUGUGUUAUGAUGCGUUCUCUGCCCUGUCGUUUGGGCUGCUGCAUGAGAACCGUAACCUGCAGACGUCCCUGCUGACCCUGGCCGGAGACGUCCAGCUCAUGAUGGCCAAACACAUUGACAACCACCAGGCGUACGAGGCAGAGCUGGAGGUCAAGAGUCAGGACGAUGGAAUCAUCUCCAGGAGCGCCAAACAGGAGGCUGUCAAGCCUCUCUGCAGCAAGCAUGACUGGGCCACUGAGUUCUUCAUGCACGACAUCGAGAGUUGCCUGGAAACCAGUGUACGCUGCUACGAAGAAGCUGCCAUCAGGACCAACCGCAAGGAGUCUCACAACCAGUUCAUCAAUGUGAACAAGCGCCUGGGCAACGUGCAGAACGAGAUGGGGGUGAUACUCAUGAACAGGGCAGCAGGCAUGGAGUAUGGACCAGAGCAAGACAAGACGUUACAGAAGAGUCAGUGUGCAUUUGAGUCGGGGAUCGGUGCGUUUAGAGCUGCCGUGGACAUGACAAACAUCGCCCUGCUGCACUCCAACACAGGCAGGCUGAUGAGGGUGUGGGCUCAGUCAUGUGUGCAGCAUGACACAGAUGGCAAGAGGGGGGAGUUUUCUCAUCAGGAAAGAAUUUACUACAAUAAGGCAAGGGACCACUACAUGAAAGCAGUCCAUAUUUUGAAAGACCGAUCAGCCUUUCCAAUGGUCUGGGAUUCUGUCCAAUGGGAGCUGUCGACAACAUUCUUCACCAUGGCAACACUGCUGCAGGACUUCGCACCACUCUCCAUCAAGGCAGAGGAGCAGGUGGAGAAGGAGGUUGUAGAGCUGAUGACCAGGUCCAUACGGUACUGUGACACGGAGACAGAGUCCCCGCGCCAGCCCCUCGCACAGUACCGCGCUGCAACAAUCCAUCACCGCCUGGCGUCCAUGUUUCACAACGCAUACAGGAACCAGUCGGAGGACCAGAAGAGAAAACAGGCGCGAUCCCAGGCUGAACACCACUACGGGAAAGCCUGCAGGCUCUUCCAGCAACUGGAACACCCCUGCGAGCUCACCAGAGUGCAGCUGGAAAGGGUGGCUCUCUGUGAAUACCAGUUAGGGGGUCAAACUACAGCUGGGAGUAAAGUGCGAACCCUGUCCACAGCCCUGGGGUACAUGGCUGAGUGCAGGGAAGCAAUGCACAGUAUACACAGGGAACUGGGGCCUGAUGAAGAAGGCACCAGCCCUGAUGGUGAAAACACAACAUCCAACGACUUGUCCAAGAACCAGACGGUUGUUUCUAGCCUGGUGCCUAAAGAGGAGAGUGAGAAGCUCCUCAACAUUCUGGAGUCCAGACUACAGCAUCUCCUGCACACGCUUAUCAAGACAGCAGCAUCAGGGAAAGCCAGUUCUCACAAGCAUCAUGGUGGAAAGCCAAGACGUGCAGGGAAGCCAAACCGCCACCUCACAGCAACUCAGCUGGAGCAGUACAAGAAAGCGUACGCGUCGUGUCUGAGAGGGACGGCCGAGUCUUCAGCCGGCCUGCUGAGACGGGUACAGAACAUGGCGGACACACUGGCUCUACUACCACAUUGAACUGUGCAAGCCUCUUUGGCAUUGUUGGGCUUUUCUCCUUGCUUGCUAAUGGAUGAAAUGUGUAGCCUGGGUGCCGUCCGAUUUGUACCCGGGCUCCUUGCACUCGCUACCCAGAUACAAAACGGAUGGUUCCCAGGCUAUGAAAUCUGAGGAAAAAUCACCCAAUCUCUGUGUGGGUGGCUGACAGUAAGAGCUACUUUAAGGGAUUUCUCCUGGUCUGUAUAAGCUGCAGAAAGGAGUCAGUCUCUAAAUGGAUCAUUGAAACUGGCAGAAGCAAGAAUAUUGUGUAAAGCUCAGAAGGGGCUCACAUUAUCAAUAUAUUCAUCUUAUGUAUAAUGGCUACAAUGAGCUUUUGUGCAGUCAAUUUUGUGAACAUAUGUAUAUACAAUGUACAGUAUAUCUUUGACACAACAGAUUGUGAGAUUCUGUAAUGACUGUACCUGAGACACAGGAGUACCUGCUGAACUCUUCCUUGUCUAAAAAGAAAAUCUACAAGAAAAUGCAAUGAUUAUAGAUGUACGGUGCAAAAAGAUUUAGGCACUUCUGCUGCUUUACACACUAAAAGAAAUACAGACUGUAUCAUACUAGUACAUGUAGAUUAUGUAAUUGUUAUUGAAGGCAGCAAAGCAAAGGUGUGCGACAAGUGUGUAAUGUGGGCUGUUCAGAAGCAACAGACAGUUCAAUGAUUAACGUACAUGUGGCAUAUUGACACUUUGUGUGACAUUUCAUGUACAUUAGACUAUCCUUAUUGAUGCUAAUACAUUUGUGUACAGUCAGUCCUGAGCAGGCAGUGCCACAGGUGAUCCAUUGAAAUUAGCCCUUGUUUAUCCACCUGCUGAAAGAGGGAGACUUCAGUAAUUGGUCUUGAUGGUCAUGUUGCAGCAUACCUAGCAUACCUAACUCCUGCAUCUUAUAGAAACUAAAGCAAAUCUAUUGAGAUUCACCAGAGAGUCAUUUACGUGCACAGCAUUCAGUGACGGCCUGGGGUAUUAUAAGGUACUUGCUGAUGUCUAGCAUUUGGUUAAUGGGUGUACAGGGCCUGCCAUGUCAAAUAUAUCGCAAUGUCAGAUAUUUAAUUGCCUGAGUGCCAUCUUCUACAGUGCUGAUGUAGUUACGCUGUGAGGCCCCCUUUCCACUAGACAGUGAUCGCUGAGCAGUUGUACAGCAACCAAAAUUGGAUUUGUAUGAUGUCAGAAUUGGAAUAUGAUGUAAAGUGUCAAAGUAUGCAUAAUUGAAAAGCGAUCAAAACACUAUAUUUAAAAAAUUUCUUCAUGUAUGAAACUCAUUGAGUGAUCUGUCAACUGUUUGGUCACUCAGUGGUUGCUCAGCAGUCGCAGACUCUAGCUUAAAGAGGGCAUAAGAACACCCUUACAACUUGGCAGUGCUUUUUCUAAAGCUGGGGAAAAUGUUACCCAGACUAAUUAGACAGAGUAGCUCAAAGGUACAUGUGAUGUGGGGACUUCAAGUGCCAUUAAAACCAGCUAAAUAGUCUCCAGAGCCUGCCAACAGUAGGGGGGAUAACGUCAUUGUUGGAUGGUAUCUGGAGCUAACUGUCCUCUUGGGUAAGGAUUGUGACUCUGAUGUCUGGGAUACCCUUUAAUAAGGGCCUGAAUUUGUCUGGCAUCACAACAACUCAGAAUAUGAGUAAAGAUAAGAAAUACUAGUCACUUUGCUUGGGGAUGUAGUUAACAUAGUGGAAAUCGUGGACAUGUUUGGAGGUUGAUACAUACAUUGUAGACCUGGCUGCAAACUGUAAGUGUAAAAGGACCUUGCUCUUGCACGACCAUCGUAGUGCCUUUCCUGACCAGUGGUCUUGAGUGCAAUAUUUUGUGUAUACUUUUCUUGAUGUGCAUUGCUUCUAUAAUCUCUAGACAUUGCCUGCACUGCAGCAGUGUAGACAUAUUAAUGUUCACCGUUAGACCGUUAUUAUACAGUCACAGUCUUGAGUAUGGCCUCAGAUGGAGAGGUAUCACUAUUACCUUAUCACUAUAAGAAAGAAUGAAUUUGACAUAUGAUAUAAUUCUUAUUGA